AUGAGAGGAAGGAGAAAUCAAACGCAAGUAAACAAUGAGGAAGAAGAGAAGAGUAAAAUGGGGUCUUGGGACUCUCGAGCGACUUGUGAAAGUUGCACUUUGUGUUGUUUUUUUGGAGGGGGAGGGGGUUUGGAGUGCCUAAUGAGUUGUGUUGUUUUGCAGUCACUCUUUUUUUUUUUUUUCCCUUGUGAGCGGGUCACAGCAAAGGAGCGGAGAAGGAAAAAGGGACGUGGGGACAAACAGAACGGGUGGGAGGAGGAGGCUUUUGGUUGUGUGGCCUGUUUCCCCCCCGUGUUUGUAAGUGCGUGUGUGUGUGCCAGCGUGGGAAGAAUGCUGCACGGUAGUCUGCCAUCGUUGGCAUCGCUGCGGUAUCGUCGCCCGUAUUGGAUGUUAUUUUUGAAGGAUGUUGACAACUGGAAGAUUUACACCGUCAUUCAACAGCCGGAUCACCAACGCACCGAGAUGUUGUACCAGGCGUGGCUAGGCGGGCUUGACAGGCCGUACACGCGGCCGAAGUGUAUGGCGAAUCAGCCACUUUGGCUCAGCAAGAAGCGCCACAUUUUGCGAAAAGACCGGCUGGAUGGACCGGAAACGCCGCUUGAGAAGUACGUGCUGGAGUGGCAUAAACGAUUCCAUUCAUUUCAGGGAACCGAACGCCCGACAGUGGAUGAUCUGCAUACUGCGCUUGAUCUCGUGGAACGCCCUCUUGAUCUCAGUUACGCCUUUCAGCUGUUGAACCAGUGCCGUAACGUGAAUAACAUUCGUUUUGCAAAGGACACCUUUCUUGUUUUCUUAGAGGCAUGUUUGCGCGUGGAUCGCAAGGACUGCGCUUUGUAUGCCACAGAGAAUGCUGAGGCGUUGGGAUUUUGGCACAUUGAGGAGGAUUAUCGUCGUUAUUUGCGUGGGGAGCAGAGCUGGUACAGACUCUCACCCCUGGAUAAUAUGUAUUACCCGCUGGAGGAGAAUGUGAAGCUGAACGCCGGGCGGUCGCCGCCAUCGUCGGCGGCUGUUGCCGAGGGUGAUGCUGAAGGCACGGCAGAGAAAACCUGUUUUGAAGCGGCGGCUGGUGCUGCUGCGUGGAGUGAUGAUGAAGGCAGUAUGAAAGCGGGCUCGUCGAGGGAGGGCAUGAUUGUGGAUGAUGAAAUUGCCCGGCUUGAGGCGGAGUUGGCCGCGCUGGAGGAGGAGGGGACGGACGGCGACGACGUCAAGGGCCCGAAAGGCCAUUGA